AAAUACACAGAUUACAGAUUUUCUCGUUUCGGACAAUCGAAUAAUCGCGAACAAAUGGACAAGCGCAAUGCGAAAGCUGGAACGAUCUACCAGAACCUACCUCAACAUGAGAAUGGCGUUGCCCUGGCCGUUGCAGAUGCGGAAGAAGACUACUCCGAGGAACUACCGCAGCUGAGAGAGCUCGUGGCCAGUAAGUUCCGCAAUGGAUGUUGCAGCACAAAGUUGGUCAAGAAGCGGUUCCCGAUCCUGUCGUGGUUGCCGAACUACAACCGGCAGUACUUUGUGGAAGACAUCGUAGCGGGGCUGACCGUGGGCCUGACUGUCAUUCCGCAGGGAAUCGCCUACGCUGUGGUGGCCGGGCUGGAACCGCAGUACGGCCUGUACUCGGCUUUCAUGGGAUGCUUUGUGUACUUUAUUUUCGGCAGCUGCAAGGACAUUACGAUCGGGCCAACCGCGAUCAUGUCGCUGAUGGUGCAGAUUCACGUGGCUAAUUUGGGACCGGCAUUUGCGGUACUGUCGGCGUUUUUGGCGGGUUGUAUCAUAUUGGUACUGGGCUUACUGAAUCUAGGUUUCCUGGUUCAGUUCAUAUCGAUGCCGGUGACGGCCGGUUUCACCUCGGCUGCCGCCAUCACCAUCGCCAGCGGUCAGGUCAAGUCACUGCUGGGACUGCCGGGGAAAUCCAACGAGUUCCUGGAAUCGUGGGAAAACGUCAUCCACAACAUCCACCACACCCAGUUGUGGGAUUCGGUUCUCGGAAUCAGCACGAUCGUGAUCCUGUUGCUGAUGAUGCGGCUGAAAAAUCUUGAAGGCCGACUGAAAUCGGUCGGCAAGUAUCUCUCGCUGUCGCGCAAUGCCAUCGUCGUGAUCGGUGGCACCAUACUGGCUUACUUACUCAGUACGGACGGAGAGGCCCCCUUCCAGUUGACUGGUAACGUCACGUCCGGCCUUCCCCCCGUGCAGCUCCCACCGUUCUCUACGGUAGUCAACGAUCAAACCUACAGCUUCACGCAGAUGAUCUCCGAGCUGGGAACGUCCGUCAUCGCGUUGCCCUUGAUUGCCAUCCUGGAAAGCAUAGCCAUCGGCAAGGCAUUCUCCAAAGGCAAGUCCAUCGAUGCCACGCAGGAAAUGAUUGCCCUUGGGCUGUGCAACAUAGCCGGAUCGUUCUUCGCUUCGAUGCCAGUAACCGGAUCGUUUACCCGAUCAGCGGUCAAUAACAGUAGCGGCGUGCGGACACCAGCCGGUGGUGUAACCACCGGAAUCGUGGUCCUACUAGCACUGGGUCUCCUGGGCGGCACUUUCUUCUACAUUCCGAAAACCGUCCUGGCUGCGGUCAUCAUCGCCGCCAUGUUCUUCAUGGUGGAAUUCCAUGCGGCGGCGGAAAUUUGGCGCACGAAGAAGAUCGACAUCAUCCCCUUCUUCGUUACCCUGAUCACCUGUCUCGUUCUUGGCCUAGAAUACGGCAUGGUCAUCGGAAUCGGCGUCAACAUGUGCUUUGUCCUCUAUCAGACCUCUCGCCCGACGAUCACCCAGCGGGUGCAGAGAGUAGGCAGAAUCGAUAUGCUGGUCGUCGCACCGGAUCAAAGCCUAGUCUACUCCUCCGCUGAGUACCUGAAGGCACGCGUCGUCAAACUCUCCCAGCAGAACCUGGUCGAGGUAGUCAUCAUCGAUGGUUCCGCCGUCAACUACAUCGAUUCAACGGUGGCCAAGAUUCUUGCCAGCAUCGUCGAGGACCUGAAAGUACAGGAGCGUCCGGUUGUGUUCUGGAACUGGCAGCGGCCGGUGCAGCAUACGGCCUUCCGACUGGAUGCGGAGUUGUUUGUGCCACUUUUCAAGACCGGUGACUCGCUGGAAGAGAUUGCCAAGUGCUGGACGCUGGACAAUCGAUUCAUCGCGGCUUAAGAUUGAUUUGCGAAUGGUAAGCACCUAAGUACGUUGUGAUAGAGAGCCCGGUAUGGGUUCGUUAGUAAAUUAUUAUCAGGAUUUUUCUUAAGCCAACAGUUCU